AUGUCUUUUGGUCGCCCUACGGUUAAUCUUGAACCAUUUCGUGUUCAAAUUGAACAGUGGAAAUACACUGAUCAAUUAACAAUAAGGCAGAUUCUAGAGUCCCUUACGAAUCAGUUCAAUAUCAGAGUAGGCCGUUCAACAUUAUAUCGGUCUAUACAACAAUGGGCUUUAGACUCUUCCCUAGGCAGUCAACAGGUCAAAAACACAGAAGAUUCAGAGCAACUACGUCGACGAAUUACAGAAUUAUUCUACGAUCAGGUCCUCAAUGACCGUUAUAUGCUUCUACGACUACAAACGGAAGGCUUUAUUAUUACAAAGACCGGCCUUGAGCGUAUUCGACGAGAUUUGGGGCUUUGGAGGCGUCAAACACCAGAAAUGUCUUCUACGAUAAAGACCAAAUUAUACAAUUUCUUCGAAAACGAAAACGAAUUGCAUACAAAGCUUCAAACCUUUGGUCGUACAUACCUCUAUGUUUACGUACGCCAGCACCAAUUUAUCCUAAGCCGCAAAGCCCUCUAUGAAUGUUAUCGAGAAUUUAUGCCUACGAACGUAUCCGAUCGAUGGCAUACGAUGAAGCAUCGCCGAACCGGGUGGGCACCAGCUGGGCCUGACUUUAUUUGGUCCCUUGAUGCAUAUGAUAAGUUAAAGGCUUGGGGCAUUGAGAUUUAUGCUGCAAUUGAUGCUUAUUCACGGUAUAUUACGUGGUUCUAUUGUGGUAUAUCAGCAAAUACAUCACGAAGUGUUGUAGAGCAGUAUCUUUAUGCCCUUCAACAACGGGAGACUAUGCCGUAUCUUAUUCGGUCUGAUCGUGGCAAUGAGACUCUUUUAAUGGCCGGUGCACAUUAUUACCUUUCGCAAGCGCAAGUACGUAAACGGAAUAAUACGACACUGGAUCAAGUGCAAUUUGACGAUGUUUGGAUCUAUGGCAAAAGUACGCAUAAUGAGAAGAUUGAAAGCUGGUGGCUUCGAUUAAGUAAAGGAAGGGCUAAGUUUUGGCGCGAAUACUUCAGUAUUAUUACUGCUGAAGGCCAGUUUUCACAUGAUUAUCUAUCAGACCGUAUUGCUAUAUUAUAUCUAUAUAUGCCAAUUAUACGAGAAGAGCUCACUGAGUUCGUACGUAUAUGGAAUGUGCACUAUAUACGCAAACAGGCCAAUAGACCUCAUGUGAACCCAGGGAAACCUUGGAAUCUUUACUUCCAGCCAGAAGCAAAGGACUCCAAAAGCUAUGCAGAAGCUAUUCCAAUGGAUCGACUACAGACCCUUUUGAAUAUCUUUGAAAGCGAUUCUAUUGAUUUGGAUGCGUAUUUGCCCAAGGAUACAAUUGCAGUUUGUAAUACUAUCCUUGAAGGUCAAGAUAACUUCCCAAUUGAUAGCCCUAUGCAACCAAAGUAUUCAGUAUACCUAUUUUUACGGGCUCAAUUGGAGAUAUAUAUUACCCUAAAGAAAGAGCCUUUUAUUGGGCUUUUGGAUAUCCCUACGGGUGGUAUAAAUCGCGUACGAGAUCAUUUGGCAACAUAUGAUAUUGAUGUUGAUAUACUCGAAAGUAUUCCAUCGGAAAAUGUGGAGGAAUUUGAUCAUCGGUUCUAG